AUGAGAGAAAUCGUUCAUAUGCAAACUGGCCAAUGUGGCAACCAGAUCGGAGCUAAGUUCUGGGAAGUAAUCUCUGAUGAACAUGGUAUCGACCCAACUGGAACUUAUCACGGUGAUUCUGAUCUUCAGUUGGAGAGAAUCAACGUUUAUUAUAAUGAAGCUACAGGAGGAAAAUAUGUACCCAGAGCUGUUCUCGUCGAUUUGGAACCCGGUACCAUGGAUUCUGUACGAUCAGGACCUUUUGGUCAAAUCUUCCGUCCAGAUAAUUUUGUGUUUGGUCAGAGUGGUGCUGGUAAUAACUGGGCUAAAGGUCAUUAUACAGAAGGUGCCGAGUUGGUUGAUUCUGUUUUAGAUGUGGUCCGUAAAGAAGUUGACGAACAGAUGUUGAACGUUCAGAAUAAAAACAGCAGCUAUUUUGUUGAAUGGAUUCCCAACAACGUAAAAACAGCUGUCUGUGAUAUUCCACCAAGAGGUUUGAAGAUGUCAGGCACAUUUAUUGGUAAUAGUACAGCUAUUCAAGAACUGUUUAAGAGAAUAUCCGAACAGUUUACAGCUAUGUUCAGACGAAAGGCUUUCCUCCAUUGGUAUACUGGUGAAGGUAUGGAUGAGAUGGAAUUUACGGAAGCUGAAUCUAACAUGAAUGAUCUGGUAUCUGAAUAUCAACAAUACCAGGAUGCUACAGCUGAAGAAGAAGGUGAAUUUGAUGAAGAAGAAGGCGAAGAAGAAACAUAAAUAGAAGAUACGCAAAUCUUAUUUAUAGAAAUAUUUAAAUUAUUACAGAUUAUUUUAAUCAUUGUUAUGUUUAUUCUGUAUUAUAUGGUGGCUGAUUGGUAUCAU